AUGUCGUGUGAGGAGAGCUACUUGGAAAUUAUUCGCUAUCUGACAGACGAGAAGGAGCCGUACGCACCGGGAACCUCCGGAAACACCAAGAGGAAGAUCCGCAAGGCCGCCGUGUGUUAUGUGGUUAGGAACGGCACUUUGUUUUACCAGCGGCGCAUUAAAGGACACGAUGGAUUCACGGAGCUGGAGGUGGUGCUGCAGGACGAGCGCAAGAAGGAACUCAUCACCCGGGCACACAUCACUGAGGCCGGCGAGCACCUCCACCCCCAGGCCACAUGGGACAUCCUAUCCCCGAAGUACUGGUGGAGAGGAGUCCUGAAGAACGUGAAGGAUGUGAUCAAAGAAUGUGCUGAGUGCCAGAGCAGACGUGCGGAGGACGGUCCUGGUCGAGUGGCUCGUGGAAAACGCAAAGCCCUCCAGGAGGAUGAGGACGAAGAGUUGGAGGACGACGGAUCUUUCUUUGGCUCAGAGAAACAAAAGGCCAAGCAUGAAAUUGUGUUUGUGGACAGUAAGGGAGUGGUUAGCCAAUUCUUGUCCAAACACAGUGGGACGAUGUUGGACAAACUCAACGAUCAACGCCUCAACAAUCAGUUCUGUGACAUCACACUCCUGAUAGAGGGGGAGGAGUUUCGUGCUCAUAAAGCCGUGCUUGCCGCCUGCAGUGCCUACUUCCAUGAGCUGUUCUUCGAGAAGGGUGCGGCCUCCACCCAUGAAGCCGUGGUCGACCUCUCUGGUUUUGCUAAGACCACGUUCUUGCCGCUGCUGGAGUUUGCGUACACCUCGUCUCUCACCUUUAACUUCUGCUUCAUGGCCGACAUCGCAAACCUGGCGCGGCACCUGCUGAUGAACGAAGUGCUGCAGAUCUGUGAGGCGGUGCAUAAGAAGGUGGAGCAGCAGAAGCUCACGGUUUAUCAGCGCGGGGACGUUCACACCGUGGUGUCUGCUCAUAGCGAGCAAGAGCUGAGCUGCGGAGACGAGCCGCAGGACGUCGCGGCAGAAACCACAUAUGUCGUGGCCAUCGACAGCAACGGCAGCGCAGUGGCGGUCACUCCCGAGCAGCUCGCCUUUGUCACCAACAAGCAAUUCAUUCAGCAGCCGGUGACGGUGGUUGCUACGGGAGAUGAUGAAGAGGCAGAACAUGAGACGGUGACUCUGAUUGGUCACACGCAGCCGCAGCCUGGAGAGACGGUGACGCUGCUGUCAGGGGCCGAGGUGCUGGAUGGCGAGGCCAUGACGGUGGUGACGCACAGCGGCCAGGCGGGACACAGCGACUCUCUGGCCGUGGUGUCGGCCUGUUUGGCUCUGGAGCAGGAGCCCGAGGCCCCGGAACAGAGCUAUGUGGUCAGUGUGAGUGACUCUGACAGAGGAGCAGAGCCCGCCCUGCCUCAAGCUGAAGACACGCCUCAGGUUGAGCCCGCACCACAGGUCGCAGACCCCCCACCACAGAAGAGAAGGAGGGGGCGUCCAGCCAAAGUGAAGAAGGAGGUGGUGGAGGAACCUGUGAAGGAGGAGGAGCCGGCCCCUGAGAGCCCAGAGCCCCAGGACCUGAGCCCGAACACAGGCUGCAGGAGACUGAGGCACCGCUCCAUGGCUGAAGGAGGCUACGCCCGUCUGCACGCAGGAGGGGAGGGGGCGGAGGAGGAGGAGGGGGGUGACGGGACGCCGUUAUCUCCUCAGGCUUCAGUCCCAAAGGUGUCUCUGCGCACAGGAAAGAGGGGCCGCCCGCCCAAACGCCCUGUGGAGCCUGUGGAGGACGAGGCACUCACCGCAGAGCACCUGGGGGCGGAGGGGGCGGAGCCUGACCCCUUGAAAUCGGCGGACGGAGAGCACUCCUGUUCUGAGUGCGGCAUGACGUUCAGCAGGAGAUACUCCCUCAUCAUGCACACGCUCAAGCACGAGAAGGCGCGCAGCUACAAGUGCUGUCUUUGCAGUAAAGAGUUCCAGUACGCGGCAUCUCUGCGCACACAUCUGGCGCGUCACAAACAGCUGAGUCAGCGCAGUGCACCGCGUCUUAGCACAGGAUCAGAGUCUCGUGCAGACGACGCGGAGGAACGAGAUCAGACCAAGAGGGAGUUUGUGUGCGACAUCUGCGGCAAGAGCCUCCCCAAGCUCUACUCUCUGCGGCUGCACAUGCUGAGCCACACGGGCGUCCGGCCGCACUCCUGUAAAGUGUGCGGGAAGACAUUUCCUCACAAACACAGUCUAAAGAUGCACCGCAUGCUGCACGAGACCAACAAACAGUUUGAGUGUCAGUACUGUCACAAGACCUUUGCCUCCAAGAGGAGCAUGGAGGACCACACCAGCCUGCACACCGGUCAGUCCAAGUACCUGUGCAACACGUGUGGAGCCACCUUCCACCGCGCCUCUGCUUUGAGUAAACACAUGAAGAAGCACUUACCCAAACCCACUGAGCGGCCCUUCGAAUGCUCCCACUGUGAAAAGCGCUUUGUGGAAGCCAAAGACCUGCAGCAGCACAUGAACAAGCACAUGGGGCUAAAGCCGUUCCAGUGUCAGGUCUGCGGAAAGUGCUACAGCUGGAAGAAGGACUGGUACUCCCACGUCAAGUCCCACACCGUCGCUGAGCCCUACAAGUGUAACAUUUGUGGGAAAGAGUUUUUUGAAAAGGCUCUGUUUCGACGCCACGUGAAGAAGGCGACUCACGGGAAGAAAGGACGAGUGAAGCAGAACCUAGAGAGAGAGUGCGGCCAGUGCGGACGCAAGUUCAGCCAACUGAGAGAGUUCAGACGCCACGUCAACAACCACCAGGGAGUGAAGCCGUUCGAGUGCCUGACGUGCGGCGUGGCGUGGGCCGACGCGCGCUCCCUGAAGAGACACGUGCGCACACACACAGGUGAGCGGCCAUACAUCUGCCCCAUCUGCCAGGAGGCGCACAUCGACGCCCGCACACUGCGCAAACACAUGAGCAAGUUCCACUGGGACAACCUGCCAGGGAAGAUCAUGCUCGAGAAGGACACCCUGCAGUUCCACAACCAGGGGACGCAGGUGGAGCACGCCGUCAGCAUCCUGGCCUCCGAUCUGCCGCCAGAGCUGAGGGAGGCACAGGGGACGGUGGACGAGGAGAUUGAGACCGUGCUGAUCACAGAGGAGACGGUGGAGGCGGUGGAGGCUGUAGAGGCGGUGGAGGCUGUAGAGGCUGUAGAGGCGGUGGAGGCUGUUCAGGCAGAGAACAUGUCCACGCUGUCGGACCAGGGCAUCAUGCAGGUCGUCAACUACGUCCUGGCGCAGCAGGCUCUGAGCAAAGAGGACGGCCCUGAGAUCAUCCAGACCAUGGAGGUGGAGGUGGCCCACGUGGCGGAGGUCGAAUGA